UACUGCUGGCUGGAGAUUCUGUGACUUCCUUGUUGUGAGCCCCGGCCUGGCACUGUCCGUACUCGUAGUCCCGCUGUCCUUACCGGGACCGUUAGCCCGACUCUAGGUCGCAGCCGCCACCCUCCCCCGUCGGUCACCCUUUCAGCACAGGUCCUAUCCCCGCACGCCCCGCGCUACCUAACAUGCCCGACCCCAGCAGCACCUCCUCUCCCCACCCCCUCCCUGAGGAAAUUAAGAACCUGUUGGCAGAUGUUGAAACAUUUGUAGCAGACAUACUGAGGGGGGAAAAUUUAUCCAAGAAAGCGAAGGAAAAGAGAGAAUCCCUUAUUAAGAAGAUAAAAGAUGUAAAGUCUACCUAUCUUCAAGAAUUUCAAGACAAAGGUGAUGCAGAAGAUGGGGAAGAAUAUGAUGACCCUUUAGCUGGGACACCAGACACUAUUUCAUUAGCCUCAGAACGAUAUGAUAAAGAUGAUGAAGGCCCCUCUGAUGGUGAUGCAGAAGAUGGGGAAGAAUAUGAUGACCCUUUAGCUGGGACACCAGACACUAUUUCAUUAGCCUCAGAACGAUAUGAUAAAGAUGAUGAAGGCCCCUCUGAUGGGGAGGAGGGCGGAAAGGGGGAUGGGGCUAAGGCCCUGAGCCCCCAUCUCAGGGCCCUGGGGUCUUUGGGUAUGGGGACUUUUGGUUCUGACCUUGUGGUUGUCAUGGUUGUGGACAGUGGUGGGCAGGGCUGCGGCCUGCAAGUCCUGCCUUCUUCUUUGGACCCUGUGAACGAAUGA